UGUCGAUAGAUGUCCUUCCCACUAUCCGCAAUAUAUUUUAUGAAGAUUUUCGAUGUUGCAGAUAAAUCGUUCGUAAAAUGUUCCAGAAUUUUUCUGUGUCUAAAGCUACCCUUAUUGGUAUCACAAGAUCUGCCCGAUCUAAAAAAAAACUUCCCAGAGAUGGUUCAACAAUACGUAUUUACAAUGUUGUGCUACAGUCUCAAUUAUCACAAAUCACAAAUAUACAAGGAUUAUCAGUCAGAUUCUAUUCGAAUCCAGCGAGGAGACCCAGUUUCUUUUCUCAGUUUCUUGAAAAUAUCAAACAUGAAAUGCAAAAGAAUAAAGAGAUGAAAGAGUCUUUGAAAAAGUUCAGGGAAGAAGCAGAAAAACUAGAACAGUCAGAAGCAUUGCGUUCUGCCAGACAGAAAUUUCAAGCAGUUGAAUCUGAAGCUACCAAAGGAUCUGAAGCUCUUAAAGAAAAGUUAGAAUCCUUAAAAGGAAAGGUACAAGAAGUUCUUGAAGAAGCAAGUAAAACGGAAUUAGGGAAGAAAGCUGGUCAACUGAGUGAAGAAAUAACAAAGUCAGCAAAAGGAGCAGCAGAGACAAUAUCUGAAAAAAGCCAGGCUUUAGGUAAAACAAGUGCAUUUCAAACAAUAUCACAAACUGCAGAAGCUGUACGUGAGGAAUUAGAUCAUCAAGGAAUGCAUGGAAAAGUGUAUGUUGCUCCCAAGGUAUUGAGGAAAAGAAAAGAUGUGGUAGAAUCAGUAGAUAGCAAAGUUGUCCAACCAAAUGAACAGGCUAUGGACGUUGAAUUGCAUAAAGAUUCUAAAUUUUAUCAAUCAUGGCAAAACUUUAAGGAUAAAAAUCCAUAUGUGAAUAAAAUAUUAGAAUGGAAGAUCAAAUACGAAGAAUCCGAUAAUCCCGUCAUUCGUGCCUCUAGACUACUGACGGAAAAGGUUACGGAUAUAGUUGGUGGAUUGUUUCAAAAGACAGAUUUGUCUGCAACACUAACAGAAAUUUGUAGACUAGAUCCCAGCUUCGAUAGAAUACAAUUUUUAAAAUAUUGUGAAACAGACAUUAUUCCAAAUAUUCUGGAAGCUAUGGUAAGGGGGGAUCUUGAAAUUUUAAAAGAUUGGUGUCACGAAGCUCCGUACAAAGUAAUAGCACAACCAUUGUUACAAGUAGAAAAACUGGGAUAUAAAUUAGACAAUAAAAUUUUAGAUAUCAACAACAUAGAUUUAAUAAUGGGUAAAGUAAUGGAACAAGGACCAGUUUUAAUAAUCAGUUUCCAAUGUCAACAAAUCAUGUGUGUGAGAGAUGGCAAGAAAAAUGUUAUUGAAGGAGAUCCUGAAAAAGUAAUGCGUGUCAAUUAUAUAUGGGUAUUAUGUCGUGACCCUACCGAACUUAAUCCAAAAGCUGCAUGGCGUUUACUUGAUCUUAGUGCUACUAGUACUGAACAAUUUGUAUAGUGUAUAGUUUAGGUAUGAAUUUAGUUAAAGCUUUAAGAAAAAAUUGAUGUGUAUACUGCUGUGACUGAAGAAUAAGUGAGAACUGAUACGUUUUUUUAUGGUUUUCAAUGCAACUGGUAUUGAAAGAGAAGAUUCUUAUCGAGAUUCGUGACCUGUAUAUUAAUUCAUAGAUGACGGAUGCUAAUCUCUAUGACUUAAAUUAGACGCUCAAUUCUGUUAUGUAGCUUGAAACUACAGGAUUUUUGUAAAAUCUUCCAUAUAUAAAUUUUUGAUUUAUGUGUUUGUAUAGAACAAUCAAACGUUAUUUACAUUACAAAAAUAUAGAUUAUAAAAAUUUGAUUGUUUAUACUUAGGAUUAUAAUUAUCUUUAUACGCCAGAACAAUUAAUUAAUUACAAAUAUAAAUUAUUGGUCUAUCAUGUUUUAUAAUCGAUAUGUUACAUCAUCUGGGCUAAAAUGCAUGAAGUAUACACAAAUUUUACUAACUUGUUUCUGUACAUAUUUAAAUAUUGAUAUUAAAAUAUUAAAAAAUAGAGCCUAACAAGAUAUAUAUAUUGAAUGCCAAAUAUUUGUCUCACACGAAUUAUAUCAUAAAAAUGUGGGAAUGUGUAAACAUUUUACAAUUAAACAGAGAUUGUACAUAUUUUUCAUGUCUAUAAUAAUGCACUACAGUGCAUAGUUUAUUAAUACAAUCACUCAUUAUUUUUUAAAUCUGUAAUAUACAAAAUGAAAACACUUGCUUUUAAAUUUCAGUAAGAUUAUAAACAAUAAUGUAUUGUAUAAAUGAAUUCAAUAUGUAAAAAUUAAAGAAAAACAGAUGUUUUGAGAAACAGGAAUGUAGACUGUAACUUAAUCUUCUUCCUUCUUCUUUCUUCUUCUAUAUAAGUUUGUAAACAAUUGAUAGGUAUUCAAAAAAUUUUGUAAUGUUCAAUUAAAAAUACAUUGACAUUUUUAUUCAUAA